GCCAAAAGUUCACCGGGCCAGAUGAGCAGGCGCGGAUCGCCGCGGUCUUCCGAUAUUUGGACCCUGGCGGUGAAGGCACUGUCUCGCAGAAGGAGUGGUCCGUGCUUGACCAGCUUUGGCAAGAAUUUGAUCUCACAGUGAGAGAAUUUGUCCAGUUCUUGCAAUUUGCCUUCGGCGAGAACCUCCAGGACGCCUGGGACGCCCUGGAUGAGGACGGCAGUGGCGAGCUGUCUGAGCAGGAGUUCAACGAGGCCGUGCAGCUCGCCGGGUACUUCGGCCCUGCGCGGGUGGUCUUCGCUCUGCUGGACGGCUCCGACGACGGGACCAUCUCCCUCGACGAGUUCAAUGUCUUGGAGAAGUACAAGAAGAUGUAACGAUAGAGGUCAAACCUUGUCGGAACGGCCUGGUGGCUGGCAGAGGACAUGAUGGGCUCCUGAGUGCACCUGGCACUUGGUUCAUCUUUGUACCAUAGCCACUUUGCUUGCGGGCAAGCAGCACGGCACAAGCCGGCCGGGGAUUGUCACAGCAGCAUCAGGUAGACACUUGUGUUCGCGUGAAGCAGUCUUGGUAUAUAGAAGC